UCCUGGCGGACCAUGGCGCCGGUGCACAGUGGAGAGCCCGAUCCCGAGAGCAGCGGUCUAUCAGAUUCAGGGAGUUCUUUGGCUUCUCGUUCACGGAGGGAAAAGAAAUCAGCAAAAGGGCGUCAGGAAGCCCUAGAAAGACUAAAAAAGGCAAAAGCUGGGGAAAGAUUUAAAUAUGAGGUAGAAGACUUCACAAGCGUUUAUGAUGAAGUUGAUGAAGAUCAGUAUUCCAGAAUGGUCCAGGCACGGCAGGAUGAUGACUGGAUUGUGGAUGAUGAUGGCACUGGCUAUGUAGAAGACGGCCGGGAGAUUUUUGAUGAUGAACUUGAUGAUGAUGCCUUUGAUGUUAGUAAGAAAGGAAAAGGUGACAGAGCAUCCAAAGACAAGAAGAAUGUAAAGAAGGCUGUGGUAUCGAAGCCAAAUAAUAUCAAGUCCAUGUUUAUGGCAAGUGCUGGAAAGAAAACUACAGAUAAAGUUGUUGACUUGUCAAAGGAUGAUUUGCUAGGGGACAUUCUUCAGGAUCUCAAUUCUUCGACACCUCAGAUAACUCCACCACCUGUAAUGAUGCUAAAGAAGAAAAGACCCACUGGAGCUUCACUGAAUCCUUUUUCUGUGCAAAUACCCAAGGCAACUUCUUUGGGAAAAAAUGAUGUUCUCAUUUCAAGAAGGGAAUCUCCUGUGACUCCGGUUGAUCUUAAACAUGCUGAUUAUAUGGCCAAGCCUGAGGAGAUGAUAAAAGAGGAAGAGAAACAGGAAGAGGGUUUGAUGGAUUUUGAAGAUGGAGACUUUGAUGAACCUAUGGAAGAUGAGGAAGCUGACAGUCUCCCCAAAGCAAUCAAGAUCCAAGAGGAAGAGAAGGAACAGGAAAAAAGUGUGACGCCUGAGUCAUUACAUUUAGACAGUUUUCUUCCAGAUGUUUCUUGUUGGGACAAAAUGGAUCAGGAAGAUGAAAGUAGUUUACGAACUCAAGAAAUCCAAGUAGAUUCAAAUCGUCUUCCAUUGGUAAAAGGGACAGAUGAUGAUCAGGUCUUUCUAUUUUAUUGGCUGGAUGCUUAUGAAGAUCAGUUUAAUCAACCAGGUGUGGUAUUUCUAUUUGGAAAAGUUUGGAUUGAAUCAGCAGAGACACAUGUAAGCUGUUGUGUCAUGGUAAAAAACAUUGAGCGAACUCUCUAUCUCCUGCCCCGUGAAGUGCGGAUAGAUCUAACUACUGGAGAAAAGAAGGGGAAUCCAGUUACAAUGAAAGAUGUUUACCAAGAAUUUGAUGAAAAGACUGCAACAAAAUAUAAGAUUAUGAAGUUCAAGUCCAGGAAAGUUGAAAAGAACUAUGCUUUUGAGAUCCCGGAUGUUCCAGAAAAAUCUGAAUACUUGGAAGUUAGGUACUCGGCUGAACUACCACAACUACCUCAGGAUUUGAAAGGAGAGACAUUUUCUCAUGUAUUUGGGACCAAUACAUCUAGUUUGGAACUCUUCUUAAUGAACAGGAAGAUCAAAGGCCCUUGCUGGUUGGAAAUAAAAAAUCCACAGCUCUUGAAUCAACCAAUCAGUUGGUGUAAAGUGGAGGCCAUGGCUUUAAAACCCGACUUGGUGAAUGUUGUUAAAGAUAUUGCUCCCCCGCCCCUUGUGAUCAUGUCGUUCAGCUUGAAGACGAUGCAGAAUGCAAAGACUCAUCAGAAUGAGGUUAUUGCUUUGGCAGCUUUGAUCCAUCACAGUUUUCCUUUGGAUAAAGCAGCACCCCAGCCUCCUUUUCAGUCACACUUCUGUGUUGUGUCCAAACCAAAUGACUGUAUCUUCCCAUAUGAUUUUAAAGAAGUUAUUAAUAAAAAGAGUGUGAAGAUUGAGAUUGCUGCAACAGAGAGAACAUUGCUGGGCUUUUUCUUGGCAAAAGUUCACAAAAUUGACCCAGAUGUCAUUGUGGGUCAUAAUAUUUAUGGAUUUGAUCUGGAAGUGCUACUGCAGAGAAUUAAUGUGUGCAAAGUUCCUCAUUGGUCUAAGAUAGGUCGCCUAAAGAGAUCCAACAUGCCAAAGCUUGGGGGCCGGGGUGGCUUUGCAGAAAGGAAUGCAGCCUGUGGCCGUAUGAUCUGUGAUGUGGAAAUUUCAGCAAAAGAGUUGAUUCGUUGUAAGAGUUACCAUUUAUCUGAACUAGUCCAUCAGAUCCUAAGAACAGAAAGGGAAACAAUUCCAUCAGAAAAUAUACGAAAUAUGUACAGUGACUCUCCUCAUUUAAUGUACCUAUUAGAAAACACCUGGAAGGAUGCCAUGUUCAUUCUUCAAAUCAUGUGUGAGCUCAAUGUUCUCCCAUUGGCCCUGCAAAUCACAAACAUUGCUGGAAAUGUUAUGUCAAGGACAAUGAUGGGUGGUAGAUCUGAGCGUAAUGAGUUCUUGCUACUUCAUGCAUUUUAUGAGAACAACUAUAUUGUGCCUGACAAGCAGAAUUUCAGGAAGCCUCAACAAAGACUGGGAGAUGAAGAUGAAGAUAUUGAUGGAGAUGCAAAUAAAUCCAAAAAAGGACGAAAGAAAGCAGCAUAUGCAGGUGGCUUGGUAUUGGAUCCCAAAGUCGGUUUUUAUGAUAAAUUUAUUUUGCUCCUGGACUUCAACAGUCUAUACCCAUCCAUCAUCCAGGAGUUUAACAUUUGUUUCACUACUGUGCAAAGAGUUGCCUCAGAGGACCAAAAAAUUACAGAGGAUGAAGAACAAGAAGAUAUUCCUGAUUUGCCAGAUCCAGAUUUAGAAAUGGGAAUUUUACCCAAAGAAAUCAGGAAACUGGUUGAGAGGAGAAAACAAGUCAAACAACUCAUGAAGCAGCAAGACUUAAAUCCGGACCUUGUUCUGCAGUACGACAUUAGACAGAAGGCUUUGAAGCUCACGGCAAACAGUAUGUAUGGCUGUCUUGGAUUUUCCUACAGCAGAUUUUAUGCCAAGCCAUUGGCUGCUUUGGUGACAUACAAAGGAAGGGAGAUUUUGAUGCAUACCAAGGAGAUGGUGCAAAAGAUGAACCUUGAAGUUAUUUAUGGAGAUACAGAUUCAAUUAUGAUAAAUACGAAUAGCACCAACCUGGAAGAAGUCUUCAAGUUGGGAAACAAGGUUAAAAGUGAGGUGAACAAGUUGUACAGGAUGCUAGAAAUUGAUAUUGAUGGAGUUUUCAAGUCUUUGCUUCUGCUGAAGAAAAAGAAAUAUGCUGCUUUGGUGGUAGAGCCAACCUCAGAUGGGAAAUAUGUCACCAAGCAAGAACUGAAAGGACUGGAUAUCGUGCGAAGAGACUGGUGCGAUCUUGCCAAGGAAACUGGAAACUUCGUCAUUGGUCAGAUUCUUUCUGACCAGAAUAGGGACACAAUUGUGGACAACAUUCAGAAGCGGUUAAUAGAAAUUGGAGAAAAUGUGAUGAAUGGUAGUGUCCCAAUUAGCAAAUAUGAAAUUAACAAGGCAUUGACAAAGGAUCCACAGGAUUACCCUGACAAAAAAAGUCUACCACAUGUUCAUGUUGCAAUUUGGAUAAACUCUCAUGGAGGCAAAAAAGUGAAAGCUGGAGAUACUGUGUCAUAUGUUGUCUGUCAGGAUGGAUCCAACCUAAGUGCCAGUCAAAGAGCCUAUGCCCCUGAGCAAUUACAAAAACAGGACAACCUGGCCAUCGAUACUCAGUAUUACCUGUCUCAGCAGGUCCACCCGGUUGUGGCUCGAAUCUGUGAGCCAAUUGAUGGAAUUGAUGCUGCUCUUAUUGCAACAUGGUUAGGACUGGAUCCCACUCAAUUCAGAGUUCAUCAACAUUACCAUAAAGAUGAAGAGAAUGAUGCCUUACUUGGUGGCCCAGCACAACUCAGUGAUGAAGAGAAAUAUAGGGACUGUGAAAGAUUCAAAUUUUCUUGCCCUAAAUGUGGAACUGAGAACAUUUGUGAUGGUGUCUUUGAUGGUUCGGGAACCCAGAUAGAACCCAGCUUGUUUCGCUGCUGUAAUAUAGAUUGUAAAGCUUCACCUAUGACCUUUGCAGACCAACUGAAUAAUAAGUUAAUCCUGGAUAUCAGACGCUGCAUUAAAAAAUACUACAAUGGUUGGUUGAUUUGUGAGGAACCAACAUGUCAGACUCGAACUCGUCGACUUCCCCUUCAGUUCUCUAGGAAUGGACCUCUCUGUCAGACAUGCAUGAAAGCUACUCUCAGACCAGAGUAUUCCGACAAGUCUCUGUAUACCCAGCUGUGCUUUUAUCGGUACAUGUUUGAUUUGGACUAUGCACAGGAGAAACUUAUUACCGAUCAUGAGAAAGACAUAUUGAAGAAGAAAGAGCACCUCUUCAAGACAUACCUUGGAACGUAUAGAAAACUCAAGAGCACAGCGGAGCAGUUCUUGGCCCAGAGUGGCUAUUCGGAAGUGUGUCUCAGCAAACUCUUCGCCGAUUGCACAGUGAAGCCCUUGAGGGAAUCCCAGAACUGACGAAGAGAGCGAGUAGUUUACAAAUCAUGUGUCUCCCUCUCCGCACAGGCACCCCACCCCCAUGGUAGCCCCAAGUGCCUCUUCUGCAUCUGCUCUUCCUCCAGGCUUUCCUCUUUGGAGAGAAUAUUUAUGGGGGAAGAAGGGGGCGUCCAUCUUUGUAAUUUCCUUCAGGUUAAAAAAUAAACACAAAACCUUAACUUUCCCCCCAAACGACCCUUUAAAAUCCCAGGGGCCUUUCUUUCCGGUGCACCUGAAUGGUGGAUUCCCCCUAUGUGUGCUUGUGUGAGCACUGGGAUGGGGGAGGGGGGAUAAGAGAGGAACUGCUACUUUAAUUGAAUAAUUCCCAGUGAGAGUUGCUGAAAUGUAAGUGAUCCUAGACUUUGCUCCAGGGUAUUUAGUGGAGGUGCUCUCGGGAAGAGAGGUUAGUAGAGGUCUCUCUAGGAGCACUAAUGUUUUGCCUUUUCACAGUUUAUCAACUUCCCCACUAUAAACAUACCAAUUAAAAACAAUCCUAACCCUAAAUGCUUCCUAAUGUUCUUCUACCUUUUGAGAGCAACUUGCUUUUUGAAUCAAUCUCAAUCAA